UGACUCUCGUAGAUUGCAUUUUAGCUGUUACCCUCUUGUUUUUCUAGGAGAGAAACAGAGAGAAAAGUGGCGGGGCAAUGGAGGCGGCCAAUUUGCGUCCCUCACACUUCCUGGCGGCUACAACCGCCCCAUCUCCACCGCCUUCUCCUCCUCCUCCGUCGGCUCCUCGAUCCCUGCAUUUCCUCCGCCACGACUCCAACACUAACUCUCCCAAACUCAAACCGCCGUCCACUUUCUCCGUCCGCGCCUCCGCCGGUGUAUACAACAAUCCCGUGGUGACGCUGCUUGACUACGGAGCGGGCAACGUUCGAAGCGUGAGGAACGCGAUCCGCUCGCUCGGCUUCGACAUCAAAGAUGUGCAAUCGCCAAAAGACAUUCUCAUUGCAGAACGACUCAUUUUCCCUGGGGUUGGGGCAUUUGCUGCAGCCAUGGAUGUGCUAACCCAAAAGGGGAUGGCUGAAGCUUUAUGUACUUACAUCAAGAAUGAUCGCCCGUUUUUGGGCAUUUGUCUUGGACUGCAACUACUUUUUGAGUCAAGUGAGGAGAAUGGACCAGUUAAUGGUCUCGGUUUGAUUCCUGGUGUGGUUGGGCGUUUUAACUCAUCCAAUGGUUUAAGAGUGCCACAUAUUGGUUGGAAUGCUCUGCAACUAACGAAAAACUCUGAAAUUUUGAAUACUAUCCGAAACAAUCAUGUUUAUUUUGUUCAUUCUUACCGUGCCAUGCCAUCAGAUGACAACAAAGAUUGGGUUUCAUCUACGUGCAAUUAUGGCGACAAUUUCAUAGCAUCUGUGAGAAGGGGAAAUGUACAUGCAGUUCAGUUUCACCCAGAAAAGAGUGGAGAUGCUGGUCUUUCUGUAUUGAGAAGGUUCUUAUACCCAAAGUCUUUCUCAACAAAGGUGCUAGAAGUAGGGAACGCUUCAAAACUAGCUAAGAGGGUAAUUGCUUGUCUUGAUGUAAGGACAAAUGACGAAGGUGAUCUUGUUGUUACCAAGGGAGACCAAUAUGACGUAAGAGAGAAUACAAAGGAGAAUGAGGUGAGAAACCUUGGCAAGCCAGUGGAUCUUGCUGGAAAGUACUACAGAGAUGGGGCUGAUGAGAUUAGUUUCUUGAAUAUUACUGGUUUCCGCGACUUUCCUCUGGGCGACUUGCCAAUGCUGCAGGUAUUGAGGUAUACAUCAGAAAGAGUUUUUGUACCAUUAACAGUCGGAGGUGGCAUCCGAGAUUUCACUGAUGGCAGUGGCAGAUACUACUCGAGUUUGGAAGUAGCUUCAGAAUAUUUCCGGUCAGGUGCUGAUAAGGUUUCUAUUGGAAGUGAUGCAGUUUAUGCAGCCGAAGAAUAUAUAAGAUCAGGAGUGAAGACCGGGAAAAGUAGCAUAGAACAGAUUUCCAGAGUCUAUGGUAACCAGGCAGUGGUUGUAAGUAUUGAUCCUCGUAGGGUUUUCUUGAAGAAUCCCGAUGAUGUUGAUUUCAAGACUGUCAGAGUGAGCAACCCUGGCCCGAAUGGAGAAGAAUAUGCCUGGUAUCAGUGCACGGUGAAUGGUGGCCGAGAGGAUAGACAAAUUGGAGCUUAUGAACUUGCAAAAGCUGUUGAAGAGUUGGGGGCUGGGGAGAUAAUGCUCAACUGCAUUGAUUGUGAUGGCCAAGGGAAAGGAUUUGAGAUAGAUCUUAUAAGACUGAUCUCAGAUGCUGUGAAUAUCCCUGUGAUUGCCAGUAGUGGUGCAGGAAAAGUUGAACAUUUCUCAGAGGUUUUCAAAAAGACAAAUGCAUCUGCUGCUCUUGCUGCUGGUAUUUUCCAUCGGGAGGAGUCGGGCAUUGGAUCAGUGAAAAAGCACUUGUCAAACGAAGGCAUAGAAGUUAGAUUGACGCCUUAUAGGCCUCCACCAAGUAGAUUCAGCAGACCUUGGAAUUGACGCCGAAUGAGCCUCCACCAUUUUGAGCUACCUACGAAUCAGACGAUGCUGCUGCACCCCAUUUUGGUAACUGGUUUUGAAUGACGUGAUAUAAUCAGAUUAUGUUGUGACAUUUAAUAAUUUUUGUAGCUCUUUUGAUUAUUAUUGAGAUGUCGUCAUGUGCUUUGAGGCCUUGUAGUUACAACUUCCAAGCUUUAGAUGAUUUAGAUCGAGCCGAAAGCGAAGAGUCUGGUUUUUCCCUCAUCGUCUUAAUUUC